ACCGUCUAGACGGCCGAGGGUCUGUAACAUGCCAUAGAAAUGUGCGGUACCGUGACAAUUUUGACAAUCUUCUGAAUUUUUUUUUUUAACCAUGAAUUGAAACAUGGAGUUUUGUUUUUUUAUAAUGCACUUAAACUUAUGUAAUCGGAUGAUUAGAAAAUACUGAAAAUAGCAACCAACAAGACAAAAUAACAUUGGUAGCUAUAUGUUUUAAAGAAUUAUAAAUAAUUAAACUAGCUAAAAUGUCAAUAAUAAACUAUAUAAAAUUGGAGCAAAGAAAACUUUAACUUCACAAGUAAAUUAUUAAGUCGUUGCAGUAGGAUAUAUAAAUGUGACUAAAAAUUUAGAUAUUUAACAAUAUUAACAUGUUGGUACACUGUGGCUUUAAAUGAAGGAAGGAGUAGGCACAUUUUCAAUUCAAAAUUAUUUUGCUUUUCUGUUUCUAGGGCGAUUUAUUUUCUUUUUACAGGAAUAAUAGCCUAACACAUUCCCAAUAAGACCAAAAGAUUAAAUAAGGAAUAGAUUUACAGAAGUGGAGUUAAUAAAAAGAAUGCCAUCUAAAGGUAUUUGAGGAAGUUUACUGUCCAAAAAUUUAUACUGUACAAAUAACAGAUCUUACAUUCUUAAAAAAAAGUACAGUUUAGUGAAUCUACAGUACCCAAAUUUCCAUUACUAUUGAAGAAUCGUAAGUUGUAAAUAUUCAAGGAUAAAAAAUUAAUUAUCAAUUUCCUUAUCAACUCAAUGCAACUGACUCGGUUUACCCGGCACAAUCCAUAACAACUUGAUAAGAAACUAUUAAUUACCCAAGCAAUUAAAAUGUUUUUGUUGCAAUAUUCAAGCAGUUCCUUGUCCUGGAGCAAAAUGGACGAUAUUUUAACGGAAAUGUCCAUUUCGGACCUGGAAAAAUUGGCAAAAAUGUACGAAAAUCGCAAAAAAUCUCUGCCCCAUUUGUACAGUUUUUUACGUAAUUGCCUCAAAGCCAAAGGGCAAGGGAUGAAGGAUUUUGUAAGGGUUUUUGCCCUAAACGACGAUUCAUGGAAAAGCGAUGGGACUUUUAUUGCUUCAAUGCCGAAUCACGGACACGACAUUGUCCUGCACAGUUUGGACCCUUUAGGACAAAAUCUAAUGAAGGCCCUUAGGAAAACCAGAAAAUUCAAAUAUUUGCAAGACCCUGCCAGAAAUUACACAUUUUUCUAUGCAGUCCAUGAGCAAUUUGCCUGGAAAAUUAUGGAAUUACUGCUUGAACAAAACCAGGAAAUUUUAUCCAAAGAUUUUUUAAAUAUGUGGGUUUUGGAUAAGGAAAAGGCAACCAAAAUUGAAUCAAAUAUCCAGGGAGUUUUUGUAGAAAAAAUCCAGGAACAAGAUUUAAAAAUCGUCAACGAAAACUGGCAAUUUCGUUAUCCAGAAUCACAGGAAAAACUUCUGGAUUGGUUCAAAUUGAACCAGGGUUCUGGAGUCUAUCAGAAAUCUGAUAAAAAAUUGGUCUCCUGGGUUGUGGCCUCUUGUUUGGGACAAAUGUCGGCCCUGGGAACUUUGCCAGGCCACGAAAAGCAAGGUUAUGGCACUCUGGCUGUCCGCCAUAUGGCGAAGAAGCUGUCCGAGGACGGCCUGGACUGUUGCGCUACAGUUUAUCCGGAAAAUACAGUCUCUGAAAGGCUGUUGACUAAAAUCGGCUUUAGGAAGAUGUUCCGGUGUCAAUUUAUUGCUGUUUGCAAUAAAAAUUAGAUUAAAUUAGGUUACCUGGAAUAAAAAGUUUGAACACAGGUGGUAGAAGUAAAAAACUUUGAAGAUUUUUAGAGUUUUUCAUUGUGAAAGUGAUUGUAUAUCCUGUUCACAGGUGCAGGUAAAUUUAUCACCUUUCCCUAUCAAAUAGCAUUGAAAGGUGAUUUUACCUGUACCUACCUGUGGACAUCGGAUUGUGAACGGAUAAUAUAAAACUUCAAAAAGACCUACAAAGCUCUGCUGUAUGGUGUCAGUCUAAUGAGUUAGAACUCAAUGUAGGUAAAUGUUGUACAAUUAGUUUCUACUGGUUGAAGAUACCCAUUGCAUUGUAUACUUCUGAUAAUUAGGAACUCAUUGGAGACUUAGAGAGAAGAUCAUAAAGGACUUUGAGGUGGUGAUAAAUAAAGAAUUUACAUUUGGAACUCACACUAAAUACCUAAAAAAUAGGUCAAUUAAAUUGCUCGGAUUUGACAUUCGUUCUCAGAUUUCAAUAACAUAUCGAUGGGUUCAAGGCAGAACGGCAUAAGCGCCAGAAAUCUCGAAAAUGACUUAAAGGUAUAGGUGGAUAGAAAAUUAAGUUCUGCGUCGGUCUGUGCAAGCGGCAUAUCCGCCAAAAAUUUAUUUUCGCCGCAAUUUCAUUUUAAAGUUUGCACAAGCGCCAAAUAACGGUCUCCUAGCUAUUUCAUUUGACACUAAGGCCAGUGGUCCAUAAGCUUUACAUGAGUGCACUUUACGGGCUUUUCCAGGCGAAUUUUACAAGAAACCGUUGAGAAAAUUGAUUUAUUUUAUGUCAUGUGUUUAAAUAUACCAAACUAUUGAAUUAAGCGUUUAAAAUAUGAUCGAGUUUAGAAUUAAAGGCAAAAUAUUCUGUGACGUUUGUGCUAAAACAAUUACAUCUAAUUCUGUUUGGCACAAACAACAUUGUACUAUGUUAUUUAAAUGUGCACUUCAAAUACAUUUUUAUCCCACACUGAUGUUAAUUUUAAAUUAAUGUAAAGUGUAAUUUAACUUUAUACCCAUUAAGUUCAAUAACUAAUUCUUUAAAGCGGGGAUUUAAUAAAUGAAACUUGUAGAAAAUAGCUGUUUGCUUAGUACGGCUCUUAGGCCUUUAGUAGGUAUGUAAUGACAAUGUACUAGGUUCUACCUUGUUACAGAAAUUAUGGAUGAAAAAUACUGCUCACGAGGCCGAUGAAUGAAAUUGAUAUAGAAGAAACGCGGAAUAAAGGAGAAUAAAAAAAUGACCCAUUUUUAUUGCAUUAUUUUUGACAUAAACGACAAAAAAAAAUUCUCCGAAUGACAGUAAAAGCGGCCUUUUGAUGACACUUGACAGGAUCAAAAGUUGUAUUUUUACUGCCUAGGCGAACUUGAAGAAAAAGAAGAACGAGAUGAAGAUUUGGUCUGUUUUCACAGAAAUCACAAACCAGUCAGAGCGUUUUUGAUUGGUGCAAAUCGCCAACAACCAGUUUUCUGACUUUUUUCGACCAAUGAAAUUCCCUCUGACUGGUUUGUGUUUUCUGAGACAAUAGACCUAAAAUAUGACAAUGUUGUAGAGUAUAAAAAUGAAAACAUGAAUCUUGAAAUAUCUCUCAAAUCCGACUUGGCACAAGAAGACACAGAAUUUCUUCAUACAUCAGGGUUUAGCAAUUACGAUUCGCUAUAAUAUAGAGAUUAUUCAGGGCUCAACUUUAAUUUGGUUCUUUUCAGAGAAGCAGGGACGUUUGUCGAUCGAGUAUUAAGAGCUAUGGAAAUGUUUCUGAGGAAGACACAAAAUAAAAAGUCGGGAAUUCAAGGCAAUAACAACUUGAAAAGUAAAAGGGUGAAGUAGAAUGAAUAUUAAAUACUAGGCAAGGAGAGAAGCAGAGACGAUAGCACAUCUGAAUCAGAGUCAGAAAUAAGUUUGUCGAGCGAAACCCUAACUGAAGAUGUCUCUGCUGCAGAUGAACAUCCUAGUGAAAUAAAAAUAAAACAUUAUUUUAGAUCCAUAUUAUGCAAUGUAGACAUGUAAUGGUAUCUAGGGAUCAACAACAAUUUAUACCUACAACAAAAUCGGUUGUUUAGACAUCGUUUUCAUAAAAAAAAUCAGCUAGAAAUCGAAUUAUUGUAGGAAAUUAUCGAGGAAAUCAGGUAACCGAUUGGAAAUAAUAUAGGAAUCCCCAGAAAGAAUAGAAAUCACCUGGUACAACAAUAUCUGAAAAUCAUUGGCAAUCAGUCGAGAUUCUUGGGAUAGGCAUACAUGAGAUUCAUUGACCAGUGAUUGCCAAAUAUGGAAAUCAUUGUAGGUACAUUUGUAAGCAUAGUGGUUGACCUCUCAUAUUCACCUAAUAUCUAGAAUAUGCAGGGAAGCCAAUAGGAUUCCACCUACUGCUGAUUAUUUUAAUUUCUUUUGCAAUAAAUUCAGGAUAGAUACUGAGAAUUACCUUAAUGUAAAUAAAUGUUAUUGUAGAUGGUCUUUGAUUGUUAAUAAAUUAUUGUCAUUACACAAAACUCUGUAAAGAGAGAUGUGCCAGACUUUUGUUUAAAAAUUUCUUGUCCAACUACCUAGUUCAUAAUUACAAUUACAAUUGACUCAGCUUGACACUGUAACCUAAAUGAAGUCUAGUCCUAAUAUAUAAAUAUGUAUAUUCCUUAUCUAAUCGUGCAAUCUCAUUGAGGAUACAUUGAGUUAUUACUGUAAAAACAAAAUAAAUUGUCAUAAAAACAAAAAAAUAAUUUUGAAUCAACAAAUGUACUCCUAUAUUUUGGGCCACAGUGCAUGUUUACCUGAUAUAAGGAGUCAAAAAGUGUGCCUAGAAAACUAUACAAAAUCGUUUGAUUAAUAAUUAAAUACAAUAUACAAACAAUAAUAAUUAUUAUUCGUUAGAUGUCAUAAAAACGAUCAGUAAAAAUAUUGGACCACAGAAGAAAAUUCACAGGCCUGGUGACAUAAUAUGGGUACCACCAAUUUUUGGUUUUUGGGAGUAAAAUAGAGAUUUUCGUUAACCAUAUUAAUAGCGAAAUCUUUAUUUUCAGGUCUUAAUGCAAAAGCUGUUCAUAUGUAGAUACUUAAUUUAUUGAGAAAAUUAAUAUGAUUUUGUGAUUUAUAAGUGUUUUACCUAUGAGGAAAUUGUUGUUGCAAAAAUAUCCCAUUAGGAAAAUAAAAAUGCACAGAAAUUCAAAUUCAAUUAUCC